AUGUCACCACGCAGAAUAUUUUUGGUCUCUCUGUCACAUGUUUUAACAUUCUUCCUCCUCCCUGAUCAAACGACUACUACAAACGGUAACGGAAAGAAUGAUAUGUUGGUCAACGAGCCAGACAGCUUUUACCGAAUCGUGGGAGGAAGUAAAGCUCGACAAGGCGAGUUUCCAUGGAUCGCCCAAUUACGUGUGGAUGGCAAACACUUCUGUGCAGGGACGAUAAUCAACGAAAAUUUCAUUCUGGGCGCGGCACAUUGUGCUGGACCACCUGAAUGGGCAACGUUCGUGCUAGGAGAACAUGUCCAAAAUGCGGACGACGGAAUGGAGGUUGUGGCAAAGGUCGCGGAAAUAAUAGUACAUGAAAAUUUCAACCAGACAACUUUUACUCAUGACAUUGCCUUGUUCCGACUAACACGUCCACUGACCUUCAGCAACCCCUUCAUUCAACCAGCCCGAAUAGCAAAGAAGUCGACAAAACCUUCCAAGAAAAUGGUUGUGGCCGGGUGGGGGCUUACUAAUCAGAAUAACACCGAAGUAAGCGACAUUCUACAAAAGGCCACGGUCGCCUUAAGACCUGAUUCUGUCUGCAAACAGGCGUACGAACCCACCCGCGUCAAGUAUGUGUCGGAUGUGCAGAUUUGCGUGGGUGGUGAAGGAAAAAGCAGCUGCAAAGGGGACUCCGGUGGUCCGCUGCAUAUUGGGAGGAACACGGUAGACUACACGGUUGUAGGAAUCGUAUCCUUCGGUAAAGGCUGUGCGUCGAACCAGUAUCCGGCCGUGUAUACCAAAAUUUCUGCCUAUGUGGACUGGAUUGAAGAGAAUAUUAAGGGUAUGAAUUAUGGAGGAAAGGGGGAGGCAGGAAAUCCAGAAAAAUCAAUAUUCAUCGACCUUAAAUCUUAA